AAAACUAUCGCAAAAAUUGAUCAUAAUAGUGCGAGAGAAGGAGCAACAUAAAAAUGGCUGAAGAAAAUCAAAACAUCAUAUUCGCUCCGGUGGAAUCAAGUAUCAAAAUUCAAAAGUGGAAGGUUCGCGAAGGUUAUCCUGUUACAUGCGGUAAUAUUAUUCUGUUUUACGAGUGCUGCGAUGGUUCCGAAAAGGAUAUCAAGCGUUUGAAAGCAACCAAAGCAGGCGUCGUUAAAAAGCGCCUCGCCAGGGAAGGUGAAAUUGUUGAUAAAGGCAAAGCAUUAUUGGAGCUACAACAAUGUACGCAUACUACGGUAAUAAAAGAUAUGUGCGCAGACUGUGGAGCUGAUUUACGGCAAGAUGAUCAAGGUGGUCCUUCGGAGGCGUCUGUUCCGAUGAUUCAUUCCGUGCCCGAACUCAAAGUAACAGAAACUUUGGCCAAAAAACUUGGACAAGCAGACACUGAACGUCUACUACGUGAUAGAAAGUUGGUUCUGCUUGUCGAUCUUGAUCAAACGCUAAUCCAUACAACCAACGAUAAUGUUCCAAACAAUCUUAAAGAUGUGUAUCACUUUCAACUAUACGGACCUAAUUCACCCUGGUAUCAUACAAGGUUAAGACCGGGAGCUUUGCAGUUCCUAUCUAGAAUGAAUCCGCAUUACGAACUUCAUAUUUGUACGUUCGGAGCUCGCAACUAUGCUCACAUGAUAGCUCAAUUUCUAGAUGAAGAUCGCAAAUUGUUUUCGCAUAGAAUUUUAUCGCGUGAUGAGUGUUUCAAUGUAACGAGUAAAACAGACAAUUUAAAGGCUUUAUUUCCGUGUGGAGAUUCUAUGGUCUGCAUCAUUGAUGACCGAGAGGAUGUUUGGAACAUGGCGGCAAACUUAAUUCAAGUGAAACCUUAUCACUUUUUCCAGCAUACGGGAGACAUUAACGCUCCACCUGGGAUGUCGAAAAAUGAAUUGGAUGGUAAAGGAGUUGAUUUUAAAGAUCUUAUUAAUCAAUUCCCAAAGGAUAAGAAAAAUAAUGAUAGUCGUCCACCAACACCAAAAAUUGAGACUGAUGAUGUUCGAGAAGAUGCUGAUCAGUCUCGCGAGGAAGCGGAAAAGGUAUUUUCCGUAGAUGAGUCUCCGCCUACUGAAGACCAAAAAGAAAAACCUCCCGAGAAAUCAAUCACAAACAAGCAUAAUUUACCAGAGAAAAAAGUAGUUGAUCCAACUGAAGGAGAAACAUCACUGAAAGUUGGCAAGGCAACGAAGAAGAGUAAAUCCGAGCAAAAUAGCAAACUGAUAGAAAUAGAAGAUCCAGACGAUUAUUUGUUGUAUUUGGAACACAUUUUGCUUAAAAUUCAUCAGACAUUUUACGAAAUGUAUGAUAAAACCAAAAAAAUAUCGGACCUGAAAAAGCUCAUUCCACAAGUAAAAUCACAGGUGUUGGUAGGUUUUAAGUUAGUUUUCUCCGGACUAGUGCCCAACAGCAUGAAGCUCGAAGAAAGCAAAGCAUAUCACAUAGCUCGUAGCUUAGGUGCUAUCGUGACACAAGAUUUAGUACCGGAUACGACCCAUUUGGUUGCGGUCACUUUCGGCACAUCAAAAGUGCAUAACGCAAGAAAAAAUCCUGCGAUUAAAAUUGUGGCACCAGAAUGGCUUUGGAACUGUGCCGAACGUUGGGAGCAUGUAGAGGAAUCGUUGUUCCCGCUUAAGUCUUCGAAACCAUCUAAAAUGCGACAGCCGCCGGCUCAUUGUCAUAGUCCUGAACACGUGAUCAACUAUGGUGAAAGCAAGAGCUCAUCGAGUAAAUCAUCACAACCGCCAAAGUUUAUAGACACAAUAAACCCGCUGUUAAGCUUUUCCAAUGACGAUCUGAACGCAAUGAAUGAUGAUUUUGAUGACUUUUUCGAGUCCGACGACAGUUCGAGUGACGAUGAGCCAGUAGAUAUUGAAAAUCCUCCGAUGAACAAAUCUCUACGUAAACGGAGACGAAAAGAAGAAAAGGAAAAUCGUCACAAUAUUUUCCAGCAGCGCAACGAUCUUGAUGAAGAAGAAUCAAGUCGACUUUUAAUUAGGUACGAUGACGAUAACAGCCAAACCAAUUUGAGCUCGGACGAUGAUGACGAAAGCCCAAGUGCAAAGUUCAGAAGGGGCGGUGAUUUACCGUCGGAUUUAGAUAUGGGCUCUAACAGUGAAGGCAGUGAAGAUCCAAUCGACGAUGUCGAUGAUGGGGACUGGAAUAUGAUGGGUGCGGCACUGGAGCGCGAGUUUCUCGGUUUAGAUGAAUAAGGUUCGUCUUAUGUCUACCACAUAGAAACAGUACAAAUGUGAACAUUGACCUCUCUCUGGUUUUCUCAAUUUUUGUUUUUGUUUGUGUUUCACGUUCUCUUGUUACAACAACAAUUGUAUAAAGUGGUUCGAUUGUUAGUGCUUAAGCA